GGGUGGAUAGCUGGCCAGAUAGGUUCUUCUCUGUCUCUCCUUGGCAUUGUUUGUAAGACAAGAACAUGUAUAAUGAUGAUAUAAAAUAUUUAUUACGAGCAUGUUCACAUGUGAUAUGAAUUUGCAUGAUCGGUAACUAUUAAUUAAUAAGAAACAUUGAUUGGGUGUAAAAAAAAAUUAAAAGAGGAUGUAUGCGUGUGACAUGAUUUUAUUAUUUUAUAUAUGUUAGUGCAUGUGAAAUUAAGUGGGUGGUAAGCAUGUGAUAUUAACAUAUUAUUACAAAUAUAUAUAUUAGCGUAUAUAAGAAGUGGAGUAAAAGUUAGCAAUAUAAAUUAAGAGGUUACUACCAAUUUGGAUAUAUACAUGUGCAUAUAUACAUUGGAGAAUACAUUCCCCAUUUUUCGGCGAUGCGAGGUUAAUUGUGCUCGGGCUUUGUUAGGGUUUUGCCAGCUUUGCCUACAAUUUCUAGGGUUUUGCCAGCGGAAUUGAAGUAUUAAAAAUGUCGUCUCGUCCGGAACUGCAAGCACCACCAGAGAUAUUCUACAACGAUGAAGAAGCUCGCAAGUACACUUCCUCUUCUCGCAUCAUCGAAAUUCAGGCUCAACUGUCAGAGAGAGCUAUGGAGCUUCUUGCUUUACCUGAUGAUGGGGUCCCCAGAUUACUUCUUGACAUUGGUUGUGGAUCAGGACUUAGUGGGGAGACGUUAUCCGAGAAUGGACACCAGUGGAUUGGCUUAGAUAUAUCACAGUCAAUGCUUAAUAUUGCAUUGGAGCGUGAGGUUGAGGGUGAUCUUAUGCUUGCUGACAUGGGUCAGGGCCUAGGAUUUCGUCCUGGAGUUAUUGAUGGAGCUAUCAGUAUCUCAGCUGUUCAGUGGUUAUGCAAUGCCGACAAGUCCUCCCAUGAUCCUCGAUUAAGAUUAAAGGCUUUCUUUGGAUCAUUAUAUAGAUGUUUGGCAAGGGGAGCUAGAGCAGUACUUCAAGUAUAUCCUGAAAAUCUUGCCCAGCGUGAGUUGAUCCUGGGAUUUGCCAUGCGUUCUGGAUUUGCUGGUGGUGUAGUUGUUGACUACCCACACAGUACUAAGAAAAGAAAAGAAUACCUUGUGCUAACUUGUGGUCCACCAUCUUUGAGUGCUGCCACUCCACAAGGGAAAGGAGAACAAGAAGAAAGUUGCUCAGCUGAUGAGGGUAGUGGAGACGAAGAAAAUCAGACAGUUUGCAUUUCAGACAGGCAUAGGCCUAGGAAAAAGCAAAAGAUAACCAAGAAGGGGAAGGGAAGAGAGUGGGUAAUGAAGAAGAAGGAACAAAUGAGGAGAAAGGGAAAUGUUGUGCCUCCAGAUACAAAAUACACAGCUCGCAAACGAAAGGCUCGAUUUUGAUCGCACGUCCAGACGUAAAUAUGUACCUCUGGGGGUCUAUUGUGUCAUUACUUUUGUGCUGCGAUCUUGGCACAAGUGGUUUCUAGCUUGGGUUGAACGAUUUGUGUAUGGCCACAUCCAGCAUCAACUUAGUUCAAAUACAAAAAUUAAGGCGGCAGAACGGGAACGUUGUAACCGGCCUUGUUGACCUUGGGGUUGGUGUUACUUGAUGACUGUCUGACUCUGAAGCCUAGUAAUUUUAUCUGUUCUAUUUUUUUCUAUGGCAUGGAAUUGCUGCCAUCUAAGUCCCUUGUCUCAUCUGAAUAGCACCAAAGACAAGGCAUUUUAUUAAAUUGAACAUGUAUUUUGUGUGUGGCUUUGAUACUAGAAUUAGAGGGAAACGUCUGUGGGGAUUUUGGCUUUCUACCUAUAAUACCCUCCACUACAUUUGUCUUUUUCGUUAGGUAAAGAAAAAUGCUUGUUUUCCUAGUUCUAUUGUUUCCCGUUGAAUGUUAUUUGGAAAGGAAUAAGGAUGGGGUUGGGGUUACAUUUAAGUGUGUUGGGGAUUACUUAAAAAAAAGUGUUUUUUGGACUUUUAAC